AUGGCCGACAUCACCGACCAGCACGACCAGACGUCGCCCACGGACCUGGACGACGCGCACUCGGUGGGCAAUGGCAACAACGCGAACAACGAGAACCGCGGCGUCAAGCGACAGCGCCCGGCCGCCGACGACGACGACGACGAUGACGAGAAGGGCGGCCGCGAGCGUCGCAAGAUUGAGAUCAAGUUCAUCAGCGACAAGUCUCGACGCCACAUCACCUUUUCCAAGCGCAAGGCGGGCAUCAUGAAGAAGGCAUAUGAGUUAUCUGUCCUGACAGGCACUCAAGUUCUCCUACUGGUUGUCUCCGAGACGGGCCUUGUUUAUACCUUCACCACCCCCAAGCUCCAGCCGCUCGUUACCAAGGCUGAGGGCAAGAAUUUGAUCCAGGCAUGCCUCAACGCACCUGAGCCCGCGACGGGCAGUGAAAAUGGAGUGGAUGGUGGUGACCAAGUUGACUCUCCUGAAGAGCCUCCCAGCCAUUUGCCGCCGCAGAGCCGUCCCGGCAUGCCACAGAACCCUCACAUGGGCCCUGGAGGCUACAUGCCCCCCAAUAUGCCCAUGGAUCCUCAGCAGGCUCUGGCUUACCAAAGCUAUGUGCAGCGCAAUCAGGCUUAUGGCUCUGGCAUGCCUCCGCAGCCA